AUUACGUAGAGAACGAAAACAAAGCUCCGUUAAAUAAAGGUACAGCAGUUCCUCUCGAUCCCUUUGGAGUUCCCAAAGUCUCUUUUGCUCUCACUCCCUGCAACGACACCCAGCGAGUGAGGAUACUAAGGCUUUCCUUGUGAAGAUGACCGAUGCUACGGGGUUAGUGGAGGCUGCAGGAACAAGAUUUACUUCAUUGGAGCUGAUUGGGAGAGGAUCAUUCGGUGAUGUUUAUAAAGGGUUUGAUAAGGAUCUUAACAAAGAAGUAGCGAUUAAAGUAAUUGACUUGGAAGAGUCGGAGGAUGAAAUUGAAGACAUUCAGAAGGAAAUUUCUGUUUUGUCACAAUGUCGAUCUCUCUAUAUUACCGAGUACUAUGGUUCCUAUCUCCACCAGACUAAACUCUGGAUCAUAAUGGAAUACAUGGCUGGUGGCUCGGUUGCUGAUCUACUCCAAUCAGGUCCUCCACUAGAUGAAAUGUCAAUUGCUUGUAUAUUACGUGACUUGCUGCAUGCAAUUGAGUAUCUGCACAAUGAAGGAAAAAUCCAUCGAGAUAUUAAAGCGGCAAACAUAUUGUUGACUGAGAAUGGCGAUGUCAAGGUUGCAGAUUUUGGGGUUUCUGCACAAUUAACAAGGACUAUAUCAAGAAGAAAGACAUUUGUGGGAACACCUUUCUGGAUGGCGCCAGAAGUCAUUCAAAAUUCAGAAGGGUACAAUGAGAAGGCAGAUAUCUGGUCUCUUGGAAUAACUGCAAUUGAGAUGGCCAAAGGGGAACCUCCACUUGCGGAUCUUCACCCAAUGCGAGUUCUUUUUAUCAUUCCUCGGGAAAAUCCACCACAGCUGGAUGAUCAUUUUUCUCGUCCGAUGAAAGAAUUUGUUGCGUUGUGUUUAAAGAAAGUACCUGCAGAGAGGCCAAGUGCUAAGGAACUUCUCAAACACCGUUUCAUAAGAAAUGCUAAGAAGAGUCCGAGACUUUUGGAGAGAAUAAGAGAGCGUCCAAGAUACCAAGUAAAGGAAGAUGCAGAUGUUUCUAGAAAUGGUACUAAAGCCAUAGGGGAGGCAUCCGAUACAGUGAAGGCAGCAAGAGAUCCAAGAGGAGAAGAAACUGCUCGAGCCAGUGGUCAGGGUAAAACCCUGAAAAAUGCUGGAUGGGACUUCAGCAUUAGUGGAUCACAGAGCACAGGGACUGUUAGGAAUGUUGUAAGACCACCUCCAGCUAGAGAAAGGAGACCAGAAGCUUUAUAUAAUCAGGCUGCCCAAAAAAGAACUCAUGAUAGUGGUAACCAAGGGUUGUCUGCAUCUGGAAAUGCGAAUCAUGUAUUACUAGAGGCUUCCUUCGGGAGGGAUGCCAGAGUAUUAUACAACAACGAGCAUCAGGAUAAUUACCAUGGAGAUGAUGAAUUAUCUGCAAGUGGGUCCGGAACUGUUGUUAUACGCUCUCCAAGAGGAUCUCAGUCAUCUCUAUUUAGCGAUCAAAGUAUGCCGUUUAGCAGCUCAUAUGCAACUUUUGAAGAUUCAUCUACAAGUGGAACUGUAGUUAUCCGAGGCCAACAUGACGAUUCUGACUCUCCUCGGACUCCAAAAUCCAGGCUGGGAAUUCAAGAGAAAACUUAUACUGCCUCACUUGAAGACAGUGCGAUAAACCUUGCAGAGGCGAAGGCUGCACUUCAAGGAGGGUUGAGAAGAGGAAAUGCCAGGGAAAGAUCUACAACAGGAAAGAUCGACAAUGACCUGCAGGAAAGCAGAAAAGACCAGAUGACGAGCAGCUCAGAUUCUUCCAGACAUUCUCGUGAAUACUUGGAUGCACAAAAAGGAAAUUCAAGAUCACAACAUUCGAGUGAUGAUGAAGUCAGUCUAAAAAUUGCAUCAUCAUCUGCGCCAUUAUCAGUUUUGCUUAUUCCUUCACUAAAAGAGGCCAUCGCGGAAGAUCCAGAAGGGUCUGUUGUGCAUUCUGUUACAAAAUCACUCAUAAAUGUGGAACGCAUGAAGCCUGGAUCUUGUGAGGUUCUUGUGAGGAGGUUGCUUCAGCAAUUGGCAAGUUCAAAGGAAUCUUCAUUGAAAGACCUCCAGGAGCUCGCUGCUUGUUUGUUCACCAAGGUCAAACCAACGCCUGAAGUGCAAAAUUCAAAUUCGGAAACCGAUAACAAGAAAAAGCAACAGAACAAGGAACUUAAUUCAAAUGCCAAUUUAAGCCCACUUGCUAGAUUUCUGCUAUCAAGGUUAGUCAAGUGAUUGUUCAUCUGAUUGUAUUAUUUAGAUUAGGGUGUGCACACCUUGGUAAACCAUCUUUGGACUCCAUGUCCUGAAAAUAGAAGAUUAUAAUCAGCAGUUAAGGUCCAACUCAAUACAUGUAUGCGAUCUAAAUUUUAAUGGAUCGUUUCGAGUGCUGCCCUCCUU